UGCGCAACUGUCAGAUCAUUGUCAGAAAUUUUUGUAUAGAAGUUCGUCGACGUCUUUUCACCGGGUCGUCGUGAUAAAUAUAACAAAACAACCUCCGGGUUGGGGAAAAAUGCACCUGAAAUGUCAUUUAAUAAUCCUUGGAAAAAUGUGCAGGUGCUUAGACGUUGAGAGUGAUAAUAAGUGAUAAAUAAAAAAUAAAAAAAUAUGGGUUCUAAUAUCGGACCGCAGGUUAUUUCGAAAAAUAGUUGUCGCACAUAGAAAGAUGACGUUUUAUAGUGUUUCGUUUUUAUAUUAUUUAUAUACCGGUAUUCGCCGUGGAAUAAUAUUUUCAUUGAUAUAAAUUUUUGAGAAUUUUUCUUUUCUUUAUUUUUUUUUUGUUUUUGUUUGCUUUUGAGUAAAUAACGAGUAAAAAUCGGUUCAAUCCGAAGAAUAAUGAUGGCUUUAUUGUAUAUGAAUUUUAAUAUGUGAUAUGGGAGUUCCUGAACGGAGUGUAUUGACGGCGAUUGUGGCUAUAACCGCUUUCGCCGUUUAUCUAAAUAGUCUUGGCUGUGGUUUUGUGUUUGACGAUAUCUCAGCAAUUAAGGAUAAUCGAGAUCUUAGGCCUCAUACUCCAUUGAAAAAUGUUUUUUUCAAUGAUUUUUGGGGUACGCCAAUGCAUAAGGAACAGUCUCACAAAUCAUAUAGACCACUUUGUGUUCUUACAUUCCGUUGGAAUUACCUGAUACAUCAACUUGAUCCUAUGGGCUAUCAUCUGUUGAAUGUAAUCCUGCAUAUUGGAGUAUGCAUCUUAUAUUUUAGGACGUGCUUGAUGUUUGUAUCGGAUUUAGCCAGUUUUAUGUCGGCUAUGUUGUUUGCAGUGCAUCCCAUACACACAGAAGCUGUAACGGGUGUCGUUGGAAGAGCAGAAACAUUGUCAUCACUAUUUUAUCUCGCGGCUCUGAUAACUUACACAAAAUGUUGCAAAAGUAAAAGAUCAACCGGUUGGCAAUCCCUGCUGUUAUCGAUGUUUUUUGUCUUUGUUGCAAUGUUGUGCAAGGAACAAGGAAUAACCGCAACCGCAGUGUGUGUCCUUUAUGAAAUUUUUGUCGCACAAAGGGUGAGAGCUUUGGAUAUUAUUUUAGCAAUUAAAUCAACGCUCGAUGGGAAAAAAAUAUCUCCAACAUGGUCGAAUGAGGGUACAAAACGUUUAAUGGCAUUGACUGUUGUGACGUUUAGCCUACUUAUUCUCAGACUGAAUGUUAUGGGUUCGAAAUUACCUAUAUUUACUAGAUUUGACAAUCCAGCAUCCGUGGCUUUAACGCCAACGAGGCAAUUAACGUACAAUUAUUUAGCGGCCGUAAAUUUACGAUUACUAUUUCUUCCAUACGAUUUAUGUUGUGAUUGGACGAUGGGAACGAUUCCAUUGGUAGAAAGUAUUAUGGAUCCUCGAAUAUUGACAAUUAUUGGAAUACAUGGAAUUGUCAUUGGUCUCACGAUUUUUGCAAUUUUAACAAAAAAUCGUCAGACUUCAAUUGUGAUUAUAAUGAGUCUAGCAAUGAUGAUACUUCCAUUUUUACCAGCGUCAAAUUUAUUCUUCCCUGUUGGAUUUGUAAUUGCUGAACGUGUACUAUAUGCACCGUCAAUGGGUUUUUGUAUGUUAAUUGGAUAUGGUUGGAGUGUAUUACGUGAACGUAAGAGUAAACGUUUAUCGACAUUUUUUAUAUGGACAAUAUUGGUGACACAUUCAAUGAAAACAUUUGUGAGAAAUUACGAUUGGUUGGAUGAAUAUUCAAUAUUUAUGUCUGGAUUGAGAAUGAAUGAUCGUAAUGCAAAAUUAUUUAAUAAUGUCGGUCAUGCAUUGGAGAAUCAGGGACGUUUCAAGGAGGCACUUGAUUAUUUCAAUAUGGCCGUUCAAGUUCAAGGUGAUGAUAUUGGAGCACAUAUUAAUGUUGGACGUACCUACAAUCAUUUGAAAAUGUUCAAAGAGGCUGAGGAUGCAUACCUUAAGGCCAAAUCCCUUUUGCCAAAAGCAAAACCAGGAGAGUCGUAUCAGGCGCGAAUUGCGCCAAAUCAUUUGAAUGUUUUUGUUAAUUUGGCAAAUCUUAUUGCAAAAAAUGCCACAAGACUUGAAGAGGCUGAUUUGCUUUAUAGACAGGCAAUUAGUAUGCGUGCGGAUUAUACGCAAGCAUAUAUUAAUCGUGGUGAUGUUUUAAUAAAAAUGAAUCGCACAAAAGAGGCACAAGAAGUUUAUGAACGAGCGCUAUUCUACGAUAGUAAUAAUCCUGAUAUUUAUUACAAUUUGGGAGUUGUAUUUCUCGAGCAGGGAAAAGCAUCUCAGGCUCUUGCCUAUUUAGACAAGGCAUUGGAAUUCGAUCCUGAACAUGAGCAGGCACUGUUGAAUUCAGCGAUUCUCUUGCAAGAAUUGGGAAGAGCGGAAUUGCGAAAAGUCGCAAGGGAACGUCUUCUAAAAUUAUUGAGAAAGGACUCGAAUAAUGAGAGAGUUCAUUUCAAUUUGGGAAUGUUGGCAAUGGAUGAUCAUGAUAUUGAAAGUGCUGAACGUUGGUUUCGUAAUGCUGUUGCAUUAAAGGAGGAUUUUAGAUCGGCUCUCUUUAAUUUAGCCCUAUUACUUGCCGAUGAACAACGACCCCUUGAAGCGGCACCAUUUCUCAAUCAAUUGGUCAGAUUUCAUCCCGAUCAUAUUAAAGGUCUCAUUCUUCUCGGAGAUAUUUAUAUCAACAAUAUCAAAGAUUUGGACGCUGCUGAAAAUUGUUACCGAAGAAUUUUGCAGUUGGAUCCCACGAAUAUUCAAGGCUUGCACAAUCUCUGUGUGGUAAUGGUGGAACGAGGUAAAUUGGGUCUAGCCGCACAAUGUUUGGAACGUGCGGCAAUUAUUGCCCCACAACAGGACUACGUUCAUCGGCAUUUGGCAAUUGUUAAAUCACGAAUUGAUCGUCUACCACCGGAACAAAGGGAAAAUCAAAAACCCGAGGAAUCAUUUUGGGAAGGUAUCACGUUCGAUGAGAAUAUUGAGGAUCCGCCUGUUGAGCCAUUUCUCGAGAAAAGUGAUUCGGUUUUUAUGAGUCGUGCAAAUAUUCAUAAUCAUCAUCAUCAUCGUAAUCCCGAGGUAACGAAUGUAAAACGUAAAAAUAUGAAAAAUCCAACAAAAUCAUCGUCACGAGUUAAUAAUAAUAAUAAAAAUAAUAUUAAUAAUAAUAAUAAUAAUAAUAAUAAUGACGAGACAAAAAAUGAAAGUAAAGAACGAAUGACUUCAAAAUCCACGGAUUCUGGAGUAUUAGAUGAUAUUUUAAAUAAUAAUAAUAAUAAUAAUGAUAACGAUCUCAAAAAAUUGGAAAUUAAUCGAAUGCAUAAAGUGAAUGAGCAAUUUAAUGCUACAAAUUCUCAUUCACAAAAGAAAGUCAGUGCAUUUUCAUAGUUUAAAAAAAAGAGAUGAGAAUAAAAUAACCCGCCGAAUGUAAUGUAUAAUGUUAUUAAAUGUAUCGCGUCGAGGGUUACGAUAUAUAAAUAUAUAUAUACUUAUUUAUAAUAGCUCCCGUGUGUGAAUAUUAAAUGAAAUACAGAGUAUUGUUUUAUAUGCUGUAUAAAAUAGGACGUUUUAUAAAAUAUGUUUAAAACA